AAGACUUAGACUACAAAACUAUUGAUUCACUUGGUCCUCCGGUUUUACGUUUAUCCCACUUUAAAAACAAUACUAAAUUUCUAACCAAUACAUUAUUAAUUGGAAUUAAUGGUGGUGGAAAUUCAUUAGUCGAAUCAAUUUCAAGUAAUAAAAAGUUAAUCGGAACUAUAUUGUUACCAGAAAUCGAAUUGGUAGAAGAAACCCUACCUUCGCUUAAAGAAUUUAACAAAUGGGAUUCACCUUUUGUCAAAUACUUUGCAAAUCAUCCUCACUUUCUUACCUGGAUAUUUGAUCUUUUAAAUAAAAAACAUAUAAAUCAAGUGUUUUAUAGAGCUUUAGAAGUGAUGGAUAAAGAUCCAAACGCACCUGAAGAACUUCGUACUGCCAUUGGAGAGCUUAUGAAAACAAAAAAAGUGAGUAAAAAAGAGAUACUUGCAGAAAAAGAAAAUCACGCUGCGAAUGUUGUUGAGAAAAAAAACCCGAAUAAUAUUAUUAAAACACAAUUCGUACCCAAGUUAAAGUGGAGUAUGAAGGUUUCAAGUGGAAAUUCUAUAUGCUCUGAUGUUGAAAAAAUUCUCCUUAAUUUUCGUGACUUAUUUAUAAAAUGUAAAAAUGAAAAGCUUGAACUUAUAUGUUUUAAUCCAAAUGAAAAACAUCCUAAUCAUAAUUAUGCUUUGCGAUUUAGCAAGUGUUUAUUGCUUGCUCGAGUUUAUAUUUUAGAUCAUAUACUGAGAAAUUAUGAAAACAUAAGCACAUAUAAUUGGACAAUUUUGCAACUAUUUCCAAAUAUAUUUUUUGGUAGCGACAUUUUUCUGGAUAUAUCUCUUAAAUUCAGGGAGGCUACUGAAGAAUUUUUAGAUC